AUGGCGCGGAUCGUGUCACGCGCGCUCCCGUUCGCGUCGCGCUCGUCCCUCCACCUCCCGCUACCGCCGCCCUUCCCCGGCGCGGCGCUGCUCCGUUCCGCCGCCGCGGCGCCGCCCCUGCCCCCCGCUGCCGGGGCUGCACUCGCGGCCUCGCUGCUCUCCUGGCGCGGGCACACGGGCACCCCUGAGCCCUCGAUAGCGGCGCCGCCGCCGUUCGCAGGGUUCCUCGCUGGAAUCCGCGGGUUCCGCAAGGGACGGCGCGGACAGGCGUCGGCGAAGCGGUCGCAGCCUCAGAACAUUGUAGAAAUCCUAAAGUUAAAUGUCCCAAUGGCAAUGAAGAUAGCACUUGAUGGACUUCUGGAUUCCAGCUACAGCACCCGAGAUACAUCGAUAAGUGAUGUUGGGAAGUAUGAUAAGGUUGAGGUUUCUGUAUUGCUAUGCAAUGGUAACUUCAUCCAAGAUCUUAACAAAGAAUGGAGAGGCGAGGACUGCACUACUGAUAUGCUCUCGAUGUCCCAGUACAUUCCAGAUCUUGAUGUUCCCAUUCUAAUGUUAGGUGAUAUAGUAAUAUCUGUUGAGGCAACUGCAAGGCAAGCUGAGGAGAAAGGUGUUACACUUCUUGAUGAAGUGCGGGUUCUAGUGGUUCGUGGCAUAUUGCAUCUUCUUGGUUUUCAUCACGAGUCGAGCAAUGAGGCUGCAGCAGAAUUGGAGAAGGAGGAGCAGCUCAUUUUAAAAAGUCUAAGGUGGAAAGGAAAAGGUCUAGCUAAGAGUGCUCUGGAUUCAAGCAAGCCUCAAACAGAUUCAUUGGAUGGGCAAGUGACAAAUGGUCUGAAGAAAGCUGGCAGCCUAAGAUUUUACAAACCAAAAUUCAAAUAUAUUUUUUGUGAUAUGGAUGGCACGCUGCUCAACAGUAAAAGUCAAGUUACAGCAAGGAAUGCAGAAGCUCUAAGAGAAGCCAGGUCAAGAGGAGUAAACAUAGUUAUUGCCACUGGAAAGGCACGUCCUGCUGUAAUUGAUGCUCUUAGUAUGGUGGACUUAUCUGGAAGAACUGGCAUUGUUUCAGAAUCAUCACCUGGUGUAUUCCUUCAGGGUCUGCUGGUUUAUGGUUUGGAAGGAAGACAGCUUUAUAAAAGAAAUUUGGACCAAGAAGUAUGUAGAGAGGCACUCUUAUAUUCUUUGGAGAACAAGAUACCAUUAGUAGCAUUUAGUCAGGAUCAUUGUUAUUCUAUGUUUGACCACCCUUUGGUCAAUUCUCUCCAUUACAUAUACCAUGAACCAAAGGCUAAAAUAGUGUCGUCUAUUGAUGAGCUUUUAGAAACAGCUGAGAUACAGAAAGUAUUGUUCCUUGAAACUCCUGAGGGAAUUUCAUCUGCAUUGAGACCGUACUGGACAAAGGCGAUAGAGGGAAGGGCCCAUGUUGUUCAGGCACAACCUGAUAUGCUUGAACUUGUACCACCUGCAACUUCGAAAGGCAAUGGUGUGAAGAUUCUGUUGAACCACCUUUCCAUUAGUCCAGAUGAGGUAAUGGCAAUUGGUGAUGGAGAAAAUGACAUUGAAAUGCUUCAACUAGCUUCGUUUGGUGUUGCUCUUGCAAAUGGAUCUGAUAAGACUAAAGCAGUGGCAAAUGUAAUUGGCGCCACUAAUGAUGAAGAUGGAGUUGCACAGGCUAUUUAUGAAUAUGCCUUCUAA